AGAGCUUUGACGGUUAGUCGUUCUCGAGACGCGAUUGCAUCCUCGAUGUGUCACGCUCUCGUUCCUCAAUUGAAACCGCCAAUAGUCCGAACAAAAGCUUUUGUCACCCAAAAAAUUUAAAUUUAAAAAUCAACUCUUGUACAAAUGAAUCGAGAUCGACGAAAAAAGUCCCCCAAAAGUCCGGAAUUUCUUCAAAUUUUUCAUCACUGAUAAAUUAAUUUUUUUCUUGCAACGAUAUCAGUGAGUUUCAUAAAUUGUGAUAUAAAAUAAAAUCAAAUCCUCUAGUGGGUGAUACUGAGAAUGUCAGAGAAAAAUGGCGACAGUCGAGCGACGGAGGAGAAAGCCACCCUGAUGAACCAUAAUUCACUGCCCAAGAUCCAGAGUAUAAAUACACCUGGGGACCCUGAAAAUGGAAAAGUUCCAUCGCAACAGUUUGGCAGUUCCGUGAGACAAGUUUCCGCGGCAUUUGUAGCGCAAUUGGGAACGGUCAACACGGGAAUGACUUUUGGAUUCUCAGCGAUAGCUAUUCCACAGCUCAAAGCUACCACAACAGCUAUUGUGGACAGUUCUACUGUAUUAAACGAUACCAAUGGCAAUUAUUUCAAUUGCAGUAUUAUCAAUGAGACUUUGUACAACUGCAGCACGUAUUCGAGUGCAAUUAGAAUUGAUGAUUCACAGUCGUCUUGGAUAGCUAGUAUGUCGUCAAUCGGCACGCCAAUCGGCUGCCUCCUAACCGGUUACUUAAUGGAUUACCUCGGUCGCAAGCGUUCCCUGAUAAUCACCGAGAUCCCAGCGCUCCUCGGGUGGCUCCUGAUAACCUUCGCCACGAGUGUCGAGGCCAUCUACGCCGGUCGUUUCUUCGUGGGUCUAGGAUCGGGAAUGGUGGGUGCCCCAGCGCGUGUCUACACCAGUGAAGUAACCCAACCGCACCUCCGAGGAAUGCUGACCGCCCUGGCUUCGGUGGGGGUGUCCACAGGGGUCCUCAUAGAAUACGCCCUCGGGAGCAUCCUCCACUGGAAGAUCUGCGCGGCAAUAAGUGCCUUGAUUCCCCUCGCAGCCCUCGUCCUGAUGUUCGCCUUCCCCGAGACACCGUCCUACCUCAUCUCCAGGAGUAGACCGGAGGAGGCGAGGAACGCCCUGAGAAAGUUCCGGGGGAGCAAUUACAAUUUGGACAGGGAGAUGGAGACACUCGUCAACUUCUCCACGAAGAACAACCUCAAGAGGCUGACCGGCUUCGGGGAAAUCCUCCGGGCGCUGGUCAAGCCCAAUGCUCUCAAACCGUUCGCUCUCCUUUGUCUUUACUUCCUGAUUUACCAGUGGAGCGGGACCAAUGCCGUCACCUUUUAUGCUGUUGAGAUCUUCAAGGCCUCUGGGACGAGCAUCAACGGCUAUCUGGCUACAGUGAUCCUGGGGCUUGUCAGAUUACUCUCCACCAUUGCAGCGUGCAUCCUCUGCAGAAGGUGUGGCAGGAGACCCUUGACGCUCAUAUCCUCCGUCGGCUGCGGCCUGUCCAUGCUGGGACUGGGGGGCUACGAGUGGCUCAGGGAAUACUGGGAGCAUCAUGACAUCCAGCCGAUCUGGACCUGGAUCCCCGUCGUCUGCAUGUUCUCUUACACGAUCGCUUGUACUCUUGGAUUUCUCGUUAUCCCCUGGGUCAUGAUUGGAGAGGUCUAUCCUGUCCAGGUCAGGGGCAUUGUCGGGGGCUUCACCACCAUGGCUGCGCACUCCUUCAUUUUUAUGGUGGUCAAGACAUUCCCACUGCUCAAAAACACCAUCACCGAACAUGGCACUUAUCUGCUUUAUGGCUGCAUCUCGUUUUUCGGCUCGAUUUACUUUUACAUUUGUUUGCCGGAGACCAAGAAUAAGAGCCUCCAGGAGAUUGAGGAUUACUUCUCGGGGAGACCGUCGACGGUGGUGACGGGAAAGUUGUUCUGGAGCAGGACCCAGAAGAUUGCAGCGGUGGGGAAGAAUUGAAGGUGAUGAGCGCUCAGAAAAUAAAUCCUUGUUUUGACAUUUCAAAGAUCUUGAGAGCGUGAGUUUUAAAUUAAAAAUUGUUUUUUUUUUCGAUGACGGAGGCGAGAAGAAGGGAUUGUUUUUGUAGUGAAGAAAAAAGGAUGUAAUACUGAGAUUUAUCCUGCAUUCCGAUUUUAAUUGGAAAAAAUUAUUCGCGUGUAAUUAUUUAACAACUCAAAGUCAUUAAAUAUAUUUCACCGUUUUAAGCAUUAUCAGAGAGUCACAUUUUGGAUUCUCGAGAAAUAUCCAGUGGAAACUGCAAAACAUAUUAUUUACAAUUAGCAGUUUUAUCUCAAUGUGCCAAGGCUCUCCCACGUGUUCGCCGGAUGAAGGCAUCUAACAGGUGCUAUUUAUUCCUAUCCGUGCUAAAAUAGAUAAUAUGAUAAUAUGAAGUAUCAAUGUUUAUGACUAGAGGUAGAUAAUGGAAGCUCAAAUUGCAGCAGAAAAGGAACAAAUGCAGCAGCGACUUAUUUUUGUAAGGUAAAUAAGAGAUGAUAUAGUUGUACAUAAUUGUCUCAGCAUGUACAUAUUUGUUCAAAGUGUAUUCUCAGAAAUUUCAGUGUGAAAAUGGAAUAGAUUUUUUUUUCUAAUAAAAAUGGCUAUUCAAUUUCCGGUUCCCUCACGCAA